AUGGCUAUUCCCACGUCAGAUGAUAUGACUUUACUUUCACAAUUUGAGCUUGAAAAAGUUUUGAACCAGGCUAAGCUAUCUAUCCUAGACCAGGCUGGCCUUCGCACCAUCUUGCUCGGCAACAUCAGAUCUGAAUCGGCCUUGUUGAUUCUUGAACGCGCCGCUUUUCCUUCUAUGCCUGCAUUACUCUCUCAGAUACCCGCCGCCCUCAUCAAUCUCACGAGUCUAGGUGUCAAUGAAAUCUACCAUUGGUACCUGGCAAAUUCACCUUCACCGCCUUCCAAAGUAGCCAGCAGCUUAUCAGAAUCUACAGCGGAUAUAAAGAUCAACCUUAUUUAUCCGUGCACUGAGCAGCACAUAAAGAAAUACAGUAAGCAAAGCUUUCGCAUGAUAGGCGAGACCCCUCAGAUAUAUCAUAAUUAUGUUCAACCAUUCAUACUCCGCAAGCGCCAGGAAGGUCAUUUGACUUGGGUGUGGAAUAUCAUUGAGGGUAAAACUGAAGUCGAGAAUGUAAUUUAUCGGACACCACAGAACCCAGAAAACAUCGAAGGGUUCCUACUUCUACCAGACUUAAAUUGGGAUCGUAAAACCAUGGAAAACUUGCAUCUACUAGGUCUUGUGGAAAGAAGAGACUUAUGGACUCUAAGAGACUUAAAGAAGAAACACGUUGGAUGGCUCAAGAACAUGAGGAAGAACCUAAUUAAUGAAACACUGAUUAAGUAUGAAGGGCUCGAAGUAGAUCAGCUAAUACUUUACGUGCAUUAUCAACCAACCUACUAUCAUUUCCAUAUACACAUUGUCCACAUAGCUCUGGAGGCAGGUGUGACACAAGCCGUCGGCAAGGCGAUUGGAUUGGAAAGUAUCAUAGAACAACUCGAGCACAUGAAUGGAGAUCAGGAGCUAGGUAUGGAUAGUCUAACCUUACACUACAGGAUUGGAGAAGCAAGCGAGCUCUGGACGGAAAUUUUCGAGCCAAUUAAGACUGGAGAGAUUUGUAAAGAUCCACUACCGCAGUGA